AUGUUUCUUCUCGUUUUCCUGUCUUUAAUUCUCGCAUAUUUCCUCUGGGCGCUCGUUCGACUCUUCAACAAUUACCAGGAAGUCAAGAAGAUUGGUCUCCCGAUCAUUAUCCUCCCGGUCGAUCCAGCCAGUCCCCUAUGGAUGUUUACUAAGGAUUAUCUGAGGCCCGUACUGACACAAUUACCCUUUGGUCUUGGUACCUGGGCCGGUCGCGCAGAGGUUGGCUGGACCUACUCUGAAAGAUACUCUGUCCAUGCCAAACAUGGAGAUGCAUUUAUCCUUGUGUCGCCGGGCGAGAACGACAUUACUCUGGCCGAUCCGGCCGCCACCGAAGACGUGAUGCGCCGACGCAACGACUUCAUCAAGAAUCCCGCAAUGUACGGAAUGCUAAAUAUAUAUGGCGAAAAUGUCGACACAGUCAACGGGAAACUAUGGGAUCGUCACCGCAAAAUCACUGUCCCGCCCUUCAACGAGCAAAAUAGUGCUCUGGUCUGGCGCGAGUCGGCCGAACAAGCUGACCAAAUGCUGGAGGUGUGGUCUGGAAAAGCAUCUGUGACAAGCACUCAACCUGACAUCCACGCUGUCGCGCUCAACGUCCUGUGCGGAGCUGGCUUUGGGCUGCACAGCAGUUUUGUGGAUGCCACGGUAGAUCGCGAUGCACAGAGUCGUGACCCAACCAAACGACUUGCUGACCCGAAGCGACAAAGACUAGGGUACCGUGAAAGCCUGCAAAUGUUGCUGGCCAAUAUUCUUCCACUUGUGAUACUCGGUCUUACCAAGCGCUCAAGGUUCCCGGAGUGGCUGUACUUCGGUAGUCUGGCAAAGUUGUCAAUCGCAUACGAUGAAUUUAAGGGAUACAUGGGGGAGAUGCUAGCCCGGGAAAAGAUGGCUUUCGAACAAGGUGAUCUGACGCGACACAACCUCAUGAGCGCACUGGUUCGGGCAUCUAUGUCUGAGCAACCGCCACCAGGAUCGUCGUCCAACGAGCACUCGAUGAAAGGCCCGACUAAGUCCACCUUGACUUCAGGAUUCACGGACGACGAGGUCUAUGGCAAUCUCUUCAUUUUCAAUCUAGCUGGCCACGAUACGACCGCCGCAACACUACACUUUGCAAUCACCCUCCUGGCCGCUGACCCUAGAUGGCAGUCUUGGAUUGCAGAAGAGAUCGACGCAGUCCGCAACGCCGACGGAACGGGGACGUUUUACUACGAAGAGACAUUCCCAAAAUUGACGAGAGUUUUGGCCCUUAUGUACGAAACACUGAGGCUCUAUGGUCCCGUGGUCGUCAUCCCCCGAUACACAGGCGACACGCCGCAGCGUCUUGUGAUCCAGGGCAAAGAACGCAUCGUACCCGCCCGGACGACUGUCUCGCUCAAUGUCGCUGCCUUGAACACACAUCCUAGAUACUGGGGGAAUGAUCCUCUUGUGUUCCGGCCCGAUCGAUGGACCGUGUCCGAUAAUAGCGGUACCAGCUCUAACGACAACAACGACAGUGACGUAUCCUGGUUCCAGCCCGUCCCCGGAUCCUUCAUCCCAUGGAGCCAUGGCCCUCGUGUCUGUCCAGGGCGUAAAUUCUCGCAAGUCGAGUUCACCAGGGUGAUGUUCGGCCUUUUCAGUCACGGCACGCGCGUUGAGGUCGUUAGACAGGGCAGCGAGACUGAGAUUGAGGCCCAGGCCAGGGUCAUGCGCGUUGUCAAUGAGGCGAAGCUGGAGGUCACACUGAAAAUGGUGGGUGCUGAUAGGGCCGCGUUGAAAUGGGUGAAGAAGGACAGUCUUGAGUCUUGA